AUGAAAGUCGUUAUCCAACGUGUCAAAUCAGCGUCUGUCACGGUCGACUCGGAGUUAAUCUCAUCCAUCGGCAAGGGUCUGCUGGUACUCACAGGCGUGGGUAAAGAGGACACAGAGAAAGAGGCAGAGAAUCUGGUUAAUAAGGUGCUCAAGGCCAAAUUCUGGCCGGAUGAGAACGGAGGGCAGGUGAGGAUUGUGUCUCAGUUCACUCUCUACGGCAAGAUGAAGAAGGGCAACAAGCCCGACUUCCACGAUGCGGCCGACGCCACCACAGCACGUAGAGUCUACGACCAUUUCUACAAUAAGAUGCGCGAUUCCUAUGUGCCCGAACGAGUCAAGAACGGCGUGUUCCAGGCCAUGAUGGAGGUGGAGUUGAAGAACGAUGGGCCGGUGGGUGUCGACUACCGCAGUGAAGAUGCGGCGGUACAUUUGCCUUCCUGGCUUUAUACCUUUGCGCCGCGAUUGGAUUCAUGCUGA